ACGAGCGCAACCAGGAAGCUUCGUGCAAAUAUUGAAAAGAAUAAGCUAAGGAAGUGUUUAUUAAAGUCAUUUGAUCAAUUCAACGCUGGAGGAAGCGAUCGCAUUAUUUGAACUGUAUCUGGUGGUCAUGAUUAUAUCCUUCUCAUGGGCUAUUUACUUUAUGUUCGUGUCUAAGGCUGGUGUAGGAAAGAAUUAUGGAAUAGACUGGUGAAGAUCUGUAGGAGAGAUUUCAGUGGUCCUGUCUCUUUAAGAUGGUGUAUUUGGCUCUAUAUGGUUGUUAAAGAGUGAAAAUGGACUUCUCCAAGUUCCUGGCAGAUGAUUUUGAUGUGAAGGAGUGGGUGAAUGGAGCUUUUAAAGUGGUUCAGAAAGAUGCACCUGGAAAAGCAGAUGCGCACGCUUCUACUUUGGUCAUGAAACUGCAGCUCUUUAUUCAAGAGGUCAACAACUCUAUAGAGGAGAGCAGUAAUCAGGCCCUGCAGAAUAUGCCACGUGUAUUGAGGGAUAUUGAGGCUCUAAAACAGGAGGCGUCAUUCCUAAAGGACCAGAUGAUUCUGGUUAAAGAGGACAUCAAGAAGUUUGAACAGGACACAGUGCAGACUAUGCAGGUGUUGGUGGAGAUCGAUCAGGUUAAGUCUCGCAUGCAGUUAGCAGCAGAAGCUCUACAGGAAGCUGAUAAAUGGAGCACACUUAGUGCUGACAUCGAGGAGACCUUUAAAACACAGGAUGUUGCUGUGAUCAGCAGUAAACUGGCCGCUAUGCAGGGCAGUCUGGCGAUGUUAGUGGACACCCCAGACUACAGUGAGAAGUGUGUUCAGCUUGAAGCUCUGAAGAACAGACUGGAAGCUCUCGCCAGCCCACAGAUUGUCUCCACAUUCAACUCACUGUCUAUAGAUCAAUCGCAGCUGUUUGUUAGAGUUUUCAAUGAAAUGGAGAGAAUGCCACAGCUACUGGCUUAUUACUACAAAUGCCACAAGGCACAGUUAUUGGCUGUCUGGGAAAGCAUCUGUCAGUCAGAGGCCACUCUGAAGCAGCAGCUCUCUGAGUUUUAUGACACACUUCUGUCAACAUGGCACACACAACUUCAGUGGUGCAGUCAGGUCUUUAAAAACCCAUGUGAAGUGGUCACAGUGUUGAUGAUCCAGACGCUGGGGGCGAUGGUGCCAUCUAUUCCAGAAUGCAUCACAGUGGCAAUGAAUCGUUGCUCUGGCGACUGUCGUCUGGACAUUCUUCUGGACCUCCAUCAGACGGCAGCUAACUUCAGUCGCAGUCUGGAGGCAGCAAUGCAGCCACAACUUGGUGAGUACAACCUCUUGAAGGUGGCAGAGCUGGUGUUGUGUGUGUAUUCACCUUAUAAGACCUAUCAGAUGCAGUACGGAGAACUAGAGGAGACAAACUUGCUCAUCCAACUCAGUGCUGUUCCACUCGAGCGUGGCGAGGUGCUGGACUGUGUGUUGGAGCUCACACACUCUGUGCAGAAGGUCUUUGGCUUGGCUGCCGCUGCUGUUGAUCGCUGUGUUAAGUUCACUGAUGGUCUUGGUGUGUGUGGACUCAUCAAAGCUCUCCGUGCUCUCUUCAGCAAGUAUGUGUCAGAUUUUUCAGUCACUCUUCAGUCAAUCAGAAAGAAGUACAAUUUAGAGGACACGCCCACAUCUGAGAUAUUCACAGAGGAUUGGACGGCUUUCCAGAACUCUGUCAGAAUCAUCGCAACUUGUGGCGAACUGCUCAGACAAUGUGGAGCAUUUGAACAACAGCUUUCAAACAAGAUCCUGGGAAGGGCGGGACGUUUCCUGUGGGAGGGGUUUAACCCCAGAAGUCUGACUGGCUUACAAGAGGGCGUGGUUGAGAGGCGGAGCCAAAAGAAUCCGUGGCAGGAAUACAAUUACCUACAGCAAACCAACACUGCAGAGUAUAAUAAUCUACUGGAGACUCUGCAUUCCCUUAAGGAGAAAGGGACCGGAAGCUCAAGCUUAUUGGCUGAGACUCGCUCAGCUCUGACGCGUCUGAAUCAACAGGCCAAUCAGCUUGCGUUUGAUUCUGUGUUUCUGCAAAUCAAAUAUCAGCUCUUCCUUCUCAACAAACCAGAGGGACGUGGCACUGCCAAAUUGGGUGAAACACUAACUGAUGAUCUACCAGCCUUCAGUUUGUCACCACAGGAGUACAUCACUAAUAUUGGUCAGUAUAUCAUGUCUUUGCCGCUGCAUUUGGAGCCGUUUGUGACUCAAGAGGAUCCAGCAUUGGAACUUGCCUUACACACGGGCAAACUGCCUUACCCGCCAGAACAAGGUGAUGAUGUACCAGAGCUUGAGAACACGGCAGAUUAUUGGCUGGGUUCCAUCGCCAGGGCAACCAUGCAGACCUAUUGUGAUGUCAUCCUACAUAUUUCUGAGCUGAGCCCACAUGCAACCAAACAACUUGCAACUGAUAUCGAUUACCUGAGUAACGUCAUGGAUGCGCUGGGGCUGCAGACCUCUAGAAAUCUCCAGAAUAUUGUCACACUUCUUCGUGCCAAACCGGACGAAUACCGACAGACGGCCAAGCCACUCCCACGCAGACUGUCAUCUUCCAUCGCCACCAUGAGGGGUCUGGAGUACUGAUGCCGGGACGAGUGAAGAAUAGAUGGGUGUAUGGAUGUUUGUUGAAGAGCCUUCGCCGAAUAAACUAAUCUCUAAUAUUCCCAACAAAAUGAGCAAAUCUAUAAAUGUGGCUUACGUUCUGCAUGUUUUUGUGGUUUUCAGAAUUUUUAAUGUUCUUUUUCUCUCUCUUUUUAAAACAAAUGCUUGUUUUGAUUGUUUUGUUGAAGUUAAUGAUGGUAAGUGCAAAGAAUAAAAAAAAUCUUACUGGAUUUCUUGUUUCAAGGGAUUUUUAAUUUUAGUGGCACAAAGUGUGGGGUCAGGUUUUGCACAUUUAUUUUGUUAUUCAGCAUGUUUCCCAUUAUUCUUGAUGCAAAUUGAAAAUGAAAGCUCUUGUGUUUCUUGUAUAAAACACUAUGGCCAUGUUUUAGCUACACGGGCCUUCAUAAUGCUUGUCAUAUCUGACUUAGUAUAUUUCAGGAAUGUUUUCAUACAUGUUUAUUUCAAGAAAAUAAAUCAUAUG